AUGCAACCCUGCAACUGCUGCACACACACACAAGCUGGAUGUUUGACGUUCUGGGUCCUAGACGCAAAGGGCCAACCAUUGAAAGUCGCCACACAAUCCUCAGAGAGUCGCCACACUGCGUUUUCUCCCGCAGCCUUUCGCAGCUGUUCAAGUUCGGCUGGUCUCAAGUCGGCAAACAUGGCUCGCCAGUUCUGCUUUGAACAGGUCGGUGGUCGGUACAAGCUCAUGGAGCCUGGAGAGAUCGCGCCAGUAAUCAAGCCAGCCACCCCUGAACAGAUCCGCGCCACGCAGCAGCGGUCGGCGGUCAAGGUGCAAACGAAGGCACUCAAGGAGGAGAGACGUAAGGAACUUGAAUGGAAGGCGGUCAAGGAAUUUCUUGACUUGCAUCAGUUCCGUGACGUGAAUGAUGUGAAGGUCUCCUGGUUUGGGCUUGAACGCUCCUAUCCAAUGACAGUGGCCAUGCAGGAAAGCAACUUGAGAAUGAUGCAGCUGCUCUUCAAGUUUGGCGCCAACGGUGCGCGGUGUCCGGACCGCCGAGCCCUUGGGCCGGCAGCGAAGCUUCGCUAG